CAAAUCCUUCAUUCAUAACCAAUUUUAAGGUGGAAACGUUUUGUUAUGGCUCCCAUCACGAUUUGGUACGACAAUUAUUAGAAGAAAUACACAUACUAAAACAUACCUCAUUACUAUAUAUAGUCACACAAAUUAAUCGCCACAAAACUUUACCAGAUAAGUGACAUACUUCGACACAUCACAUAUUUUAUGUCUAAUACAAAAUGUUGUUUGGGCAAAGGACAUAACCAUAAUUACCCACUCAAUUCACAUUUCACUCGCUCAAAUCUCAACACUCUACUUAUCCAUUCCCAUCCCACUCACUUAGCUCAUCCUCGCCAUAAAUUCUCAACUCCAAAACGCGAAGAACAGAGACGAUCAACAAUGGCUUCCAUUGCAUCUUCAUCUGCAAUUCUCUCUCCAAACCCUAGAGCUUUCUCCUCCAAAUCUUCUGCUCCAAUGGCAGUUGCAUCUCUUAAACCCUUUCCUCAAACCCUAAAUGUUUCCUCCAAUUUUACCAAAUCUUUCCAAUCUCCUCGUUCUCUCUCUUCUUGCCGCUCUCCCUCUUCCAAACGCAGCUUUACCGUUUGCGCUUCUAGUGAUGUUCCUUUAGUUGGAAAUGUUGCACCAGACUUUGAAGCGGAGGCUGUUUUUGACCAAGAGUUUAUUAAUGUCAAACUUUCUGAUUACAGGGGAAAGAAAUAUGUAAUAUUGUUUUUCUAUCCUUUGGACUUCACAUUUGUUUGCCCUACUGAAAUCACUGCUUUCAGUGACCGUUAUGCAGAGUUUGAGAAGUUGAACACUGAAAUCCUUGGUGUUUCCACUGACAGUGUUUUCUCGCACCUUGCUUGGGUCCAAACCGAUAGGAAGUCUGGCGGUUUGGGUGAUCUCAGCUACCCCUUGGUUUCUGAUGUAACUAAGUCUAUUUCAAAGGCUUACAAUGUUCUGAUCCCAGACCAGGGAAUUGCAUUGAGAGGAUUAUUCAUUAUUGACAAGGAGGGAGUCAUUCAACAUUCAACCAUAAACAACCUUGCUAUCGGUCGUAGCGUUGAUGAGACUUUGAGAACACUUCAGGCAUUGCAGUACGUGCAGGAGAACCCCGAUGAAGUGUGCCCUGCUGGGUGGAAGCCAGGGGAGAAAUCCAUGAAACCCGACCCCAAACUUAGCAAGGAGUACUUUUCUGCUAUUUAAGGGAGGAUUUGGGUAGUAUCCCAUAGAAGUUCCUGAUUUAUAUUCCUGUAUCGUGAUCUGUUUUUUGAAUUUUGAGCUGAUUCUGAGGAAUAAAUGCAAAGAGCUUAUCUCUAUUUAUUGCUUAAGGCAGAUGCAAUUUCGAUGGUGUAUACUAAUCUGAUUGAGCUACUCGGAUUAUGUUCUAUGGCAAAGCUAGUUCUAUAAUAUCAAACCAAGAACUUCAUCA